CAUGGAGCGAUUGUAGCUCUUGCCUCAAAAACUUUUGGUCCAUUGGGCGAACAGAGCCGCUUAACACCGAAUGAUACCAAAGAACUAGCGAGGUUAGGAAUUCAAGGACGAGACUGGGUUGAAAAGAAGGAAUCCAGUCAUUGAAGAAUGGUGGUCGAAGUUGUGGCAGCUGCCGCUAAUACCACGCGACAGGUAGCCAAGGAGAUGCUUGGUGUCGUGGUGUCAGCCGGCCUAAUGGACAAAACCGUGAAGGUCAAGUUGGGAGGAUUUCGGUGGGAGCCGAAAGUCCAGAAGUAUUUCAAAGAGCCACGAUUCAAGCUAGUCCACGAUCCGCGCAACUCUGUCCGGCAAGGCGAUAUAGUAGCAAUAACACCAACCUGGAGGGUAUCGCAGCAUGUGCGCCACGUCGUCAAGCACAUCAUAGCACCAUACGGCGAACCUAUCGACGAGCGACCACCUAUCCCCACCUUAGAAGAGAGGUUGGCCGAGGCAGCAGCCAAGAGAGCAGCCAAAGACGAGCGGAGAGCUUUUCUGAAGCAGAUACAGACGGCCAUAAGGGACGCGGAAAGAAUCGCACUGGAAGUGAAGAAGGCAUUACGAACAAGUCGCAAGCUUGGCAUAUAUUCUGCACAACCUGCUGAAACUACCACAAUAGACGAUGUUGACUGAAACCGCGAACCUAUAAUAGUAAAAAGUGCUCACGAAUGAGUGUCAGAGUAUCGGCCUCGUCGUGUCACCCCUACCGACGAAGGUGGUAGGACGUGAAUUCGGUUACAUACGAUAAUCUGUAUAUACCUCAUCACUCGCAUGUAACAUACAUUAUGUACAAUUGCCGAUCUGAUCGACCCUAGCUAUUUGGAGGGCAAUACGUCGACAUAA